AUAUUGUAAUCCACUUGCAAUGUAUUUUGUUGUUCCAACAUGUUAAAACAGACGGUGUCACUGUCACCACAACUUUUAUAAUUCUUGGACUUCAUUCCGUACACUUAUAACUCAUUAUAUAUGAUACCAUUAGACGUUCUUACAGCAAAACCAUAUAAUUUUUCAAAGCUAUGGCUCUAGUUUUGGCUCUCGUAGUCUUCGUUUCGACUCUGUUUCUUCUUCGGUUUCUCCUUCGGUUUGUUGUUAAAGUAUGGUGGACUCCGGUCCGUAUCCAGAAGAUGAUGAAAUCGCAAGGAAUCGGAGGUCUCCCAUAUGCAUUUCCUCACGGAAACACCCGAGUGAUCACCGCCAUGAGAAACCGAUCCAUGAACCAGCCGAUGGAGGUGUCUCACGACAUAUUUUCAAGAAUUCAGCCACACGUCCACUCUUGGAUCAAAAUCUACGGGAUUAAUUUCGUAAACUGGCAUGGUUCUCAACCACAACUUUUCAUUACGGACCCGGAGCUCGUAAAGGAAAUACUAAGCAACCGAGAAGGGGCUUAUCCGAAAAUGGAUAUGGAAGGGUAUGCAAAGAAGCUGUUAGGAGAAGCACUUAUAACGAAUGAAGGCGAAAAAUGGGAAAAGGUUCGAAAACUAGCGAAUCGCACUUUCCAUGCCGAGAGCUUAAAGAAUAUGGUUCCGGAGAUGAGUUCAAGUGUCGAGGCGAUGCUAGGAAGGUGGAAGGACUACGAAGGCCAAGAAAUCGAUGUGCACACAGAAUUCGGAGUACUAACAACGGAGGUGAUAUCGAGGACUGCUUUCGGCAGUAGUUAUGUUGAAGGAAAGCAUAUAUUCGAAAUGGUGUCGAAACUAACAGCUAUAACCGUUAGAAACAUCUAUAACUUGCGGUUUCCGGGGAUCAGUUCGAUAUUGAAGACGGAUGAUGAAAUUGAAGCUGAGAGACUCGAACAGACGAUAAAGAAAUCGAUUCUAGAGAUUGUAAUGAAACGGAAGGCGAGUAUGAGUGAAGGGGUCGAUGAGUUUGGAAGCAGUUACCUCGGCCAACUCGUGAAAAUUGCUGAUGAUUCUAACGGAAGCAAGAGGAUCUCGAUAGAACAAAUGAUCGAUGAGAUCAAAGCCAUAUAUGGCGCUGGGCAUCUCACGACAACGAACCUGCUUUCAUGGACCGUUUUCCUUCUAGCUAUCGAUCAAGAUUGGCAAGACAAAGCGAGAGAAGAAGUGUUUGAAUUCUUUGGUCGUAAAACACCGACUUCAGAUGGCAUAGCGAGACUAAAAACCAUGAACAUGGUGAUUAACGAGUCACUCCGGCUCUAUCCUCCGGUGCUUACGAUGACCCGGAAAGUGGAGAGGGAAAUCAAACUCGGAAACCUUACCAUUCCUGCUAAUAUAAACAUAUUCAUCUCCAUUCUAGCACUUCACCACAACCCAGAAAUAUGGGGCAACGAUGUUCUCCGUUUCCGGCCAGAAAGAUUUGCGAAUGGCGUCGCUCGAGCUACCAAAAACAAUCCCGCUGCAUUUCUUCCUUUUGGGAUGGGACCACGAACGUGUGUUGGUUUAAACUUCACCACCAACGAAGCCAAGAUCGCACUCUCGAUGAUCUUGCAGCGUUACAGAUUCACCAUUUCCAGUAAUUACGUUCACUACCCGGCCGAUGUGUUCAUCCUUACUCCUAAGAAAGGUGUUCAAGUUAUCCUCCACGAUGUUUGAAAGACGAUCACGUUUAUUCCUAUUCUCGUGUGUUUGAAUCAUUAAAUUCAUAAAAUGUAACUGUGAUUAUCGUUAAUGUUUUUAUAUCAACUAA